CGGACACUACGAGACUGUAUUUGAAAGCGAAUUUUUCAAAUCUACAAUGACAUCAGUGUUUAGUAAAAACUUUGAGGAGAACAUUAGUGAAAAAAUCAAUGCCAGUUCAGAUGUUGGUGAAAAGUGGUUUUGCAUUGGUGUUGCGUCCCUUCUGUAUUUCAUCCAAAACAACUGGACUGGUCCUUUCGCGAACACGGAUGUCGAAUGCUUGCUGGGCUUGAGGAAUAUUGCAGCUGCCAAAUUAACACUGGAGGAUCAGUACAAUGAGAACGUAGUGAAGCCAGAACUGCUCUAUCUGGCCAAAGUAAUAUUUCACAGUGAGACCUUGAGGACAAAGUUUCCGUUGUGCACCUGGUGGUUACUUAGAGCUAAUUUAAUCCAUCAGUUGCUUCUGGAAGAGUCGUCUGCUGUUUUGUUUGCUGAAUCCGAGGAGCUGAUAAAGACCAUUUGCGAGUCUGAUUUGGUGAAAGACAGUCAUUUGAAGGCUAUUUUCAAAUUAGAGGUAACGCACUUUUAUUUGUAUUACACAAGAAUACAGAGCUCAGAGAAAUACCUGGAGGAAGCUGCAGUUGAGGCACAGUUGAGUUUUGAUCUGGAAGGUGCACUGGGUAAGCGCACAAAGUACCAGCAGCAAGAGAAAGCUCAGUUGUAUUUAAAAGCCAAGUUGGAAAAGGAACCGUUUCCACACAGGGGGUGUGAUAAUUUACCAAAAGUCAUAAAUCUGAGCGAUGACUUGCGCUUGGAGAAAAUUGAAUUUUCAGAAAAAAGAGAAAAGGCUCGACUUGGAAGCAUAGAGGAAUCUGUUAUCUUGACAAAAUAUUUUCAGUUGAAAGUAUCACAACCAAAGGAUGAACUGACAAACGAAGUGCUUGCACCUUACCUGGACCAAGUCAUCGAUGAGACUGAGAGCUGGGCUUUAAAAAUGUCCGCGCUGUUCCAACGCUGCAUCUUAGAGUCAAAUCACAAGAGAACGAUAGAACGUUCUCUUUCUCAAGUUGAAUACUUGAUCGAGCAACUCAAGUGUGAAAAAACGCCCAUUGCUCUCAGGAUGGAUUCGUUUUUUGCAAGUGGCAUGAAGCCAGUAUGGGUAUUGAAGCAACACUUGGCCAAUUUGAUGCUCAAUCUGGGAAUGGUCAAGGGCGCUUUGGACCUCUAUUUGAACCUUUCUCUGUGGGAAGAUGUCAUCGUUUGUUACACAAUCUUGGAGAUGAAACACAAAGCUGCGGAUGUUAUUAGGCAAGAGUUGGCUAAAAAACCUACUGUCAAGUUAUGGUGUUUGUUGGGUGAUAACACACAAGAAGUUGAACAUUACGAGACCGCCUGGAAAUUGUCAGGGGAAAAAAGUAGUCGCGCGCAAAGGCACUGGGGAUUCUAUUACUAUUCCAAACAAAACUACAAAGAAGCUAUUCCACAUUUAAAGUUGUCCCUGGAGUUGAAUAACAUUCAAGAAAACGUGUGGGUCAGACUUGGUUUUGCUGCUUUGCAAGUUGAAGACUGGAAACUUGCUGCUUCGGCUUACAGAAAAUACUGUGCCCUUGAACAAUCGAGUUUUGAAGUUUGGAAUAAUUUGGCCAAAGCUUACAUCAAACUUGGAGACAAAGCAAGAGCUUGGCGCUCGCUACAAGACGCCAUCAAAUGUAAUUUCGACAAAUGGGAGGUGUGGGAUAAUCUGAUGGUUGUCAGCACCGACUUGGGUCACUUUUCAGAAGUGAUUAGAUGCUACCACCGGAUCUUAGAUGUCAAAGGUGUCCACGUAGAUAUCCAAGUUCUCACAAUUUUAUCAAAAGCAAUAAUCGACGAGUUGAAAGAUUCGGAUGGGAAUUCAUCGAGAAAAUUCUUACAAAAGACCCUAGAACUCUUUGGCAGAUUAACAUCGAUGACAGCUACGGACUCGGAUAUCUGGAGGCUGUAUGCUGAGCUUACGUUGCUGAAAAAAGACAAAAUAGACAACGAAAAGGCUGCACGUUACCUUCAACGAGCCUAUCAAGCAGCCGUUGCGAAUCCAAGAUGGUUCACAACUAUUGAAGAUUCGAACAAAGUGCUAGAGACGUGCAAAAGACUGGCAGAAGCUUCCCUAAAAAGUACGGAGCACUGCGCUGUUCAGCAGAAACGACAAAUACUCGCGAGCGCAAAAUUAUCCCUUCAAUCUGUUGUUAGAAAAAUCAAGGAUUUAGCGUGGGAGGAUAUGUCGGACAUCGCGGAAAACUUGAGUACAGUCGAGGAGUAUCUGCAGAAAGUUCUUGAUGAAUUGGAAAAGAUAAAGGGUUUAAAUUAAAUAGGAA